AUGGUGGCGCCUGUGCGGGUGAGCAGGUGGCUGCUGCAGGGUGCGCGGCGCUCGUUGCACUACCACAACGCCACGCCUCCGCGAGCAAAGUUCCCUUACAUCGAGUCUGCAAAAGGCAUCUUCAGCCGCAGCUCGAAAGGCCCUGUCAACGCCGCUGGCCGCAAGCGGUUCCCACACAACUUGAUGGACAAAAUUGUACUGAUGCGGAAGCCGCUGUUCCUCCGCCCCAUCAUCCUCGUCCCGGCCCUCACCAUCACCGCUUACCUCAUCUCGCGCAUCGAAACCGUGCCGCUCACAGGUCUGCGGCGGCUGAAGCCCAUCCCGGACUGGCUCGCCGAACCGUUCUUCGCUGCAAUGGAUGAGGUGCUGCUGGAGCAAGUGUCGGAAGCGCUACUGCCAACGACGUCGGACGAGCACAAGUUUGUGGCCGAUAUCGUAGACCGGUUCAAGAAAUCGCACGCAUCGUUCCUCAAGAAGCUCGAGCAGGAGAACAAGGACGCCGGCAUGCCGGGCUGCCACCUCUGCCUCGAUGACAUUCGCUUUCGGGUCGUCGCUUCACGGGAUCCGAAUGCGUCGUGCACAGGAGGCGGACUGGUGCUGGUGAACACGGCGCUGCUGGAGCUGUUGAAUUACGACGCGGACAAGAUUGCACUCGUCAUCGGGCACGAGCUCGGCCACUACGUCGCCCAGCACACCUCGGAAGCGAUUGGGCACACGUUUCUUGCGUUUGUGCUCAACAAAAUCGUCAGCACGCUGCUGGGCAAGGAACACGCCAGCCCUUACCUCCAAUCGAUGAUCGACGUGUUCUUCAUGUUGCCAAAAAGCAGAAGCUGCGAGAUUGAGGCGGACUACAUUGGGCUGAUCAUGGCUGCGCGGGCGUGCUUCAACAUCCGCGACGCCCACGACGUCUGGUUUGCACUCGUCCGAUACGAGGCCGUCAUGCGCGCAGCACAGGAAGGGCGGAUGGCAACGCAGGAAGACGUGGAGGAAGUGCUCGAAGGAAACGUCGUGUCAGAAACGAUGAGCACCCAUCCAAUGUUCAAAUCACGCAUCAAGUUCUACGAUCCAGAUGGCGAAUGGAUGGAGAUUGCGCGGAAUGUGCAGCGGGCGCAGUGCGGCGAAAUUAUCGGUGCGCCGAAGGAUGUCCAUAACCCGCUGCUGUGGUGGCUGCAGGCAGUUCGGCCCGCGUACGCCCCGCCCGGAACAAUCUUCCGCGGGGAUGAAGAUGAGGAUGAGGAUGACGAUGACGAUGGUGGUGAUGACGAUGACGGUAACGGCACAAUCGUGAUACGGUAUCCACAGCCCGUCACGGCAUAG